ACUGCACUCAGCCAGGACCAGCACGGCAAUUAGUCUGUGCGUGCUUCUCUUUGCAAGGGAAAUAAAGUUAAUCAGGGAAGGAAAAGGCAAGAAAGACCUUUCUGCCUGCCUGGCACUGGGUCAGAGCGGCUGGACGGGUGCAGGGCUUGGGUAAGAAGCCCAGGAAGGAGCAUCCACCAGCCCCACGGCGCAGCAGCCGUUGUGCCCAGCCCUGGACCAGCGUUCCACGAGAGGGCUGUGCCCCCAGGGCUGCGGCGAGGACGUGGGAGCAGGGGAGAUGCCCCCCGGAGCCCGGCGAGUAGGUGGGACGCGCUUCCAGGGCCAAGGGAGGACAACCGAGAGAGCUUCGAGCCUGCAGUGGGGCAAACCUGCUGCUGGUGAGAGCCCGCCAGGCUCGCUUGGAUGGCUGCAGACUUCUUUGCAGCCAUGCCGGCAACCAACCAGGGCUGGCCUGAAGCCUUUGGGUUCAAGAUAAGCGGGACUGGUCCAUGCUACAUCCUCUGGGUGCAGGAGGGCAGCAGCGCGGCGGUGGCAGGGCUGCGCCCGGGCGAUGAGGUGCUGGAGAUCGAGGGGCAGCCUGUCUCCUCGCUGGGCUGUGAGGCGCUGCUGGGGUUGGCCAGGUGCUGCGGAAACGUGCCCCCCAGCAUCGGGGUGGUCUCCCGCCUGCAGCACGUCGACAUCCCUCCCGGUCCUCGAGGAUGCUUUGGCUUCGAGCUGGUGAGUGGCAGCCCCCCACGAGUGGCCAGAGUCAUCCCGGACUCACCCGCUGCUGCCUGCGGGAUGGAGCCAGGGGAUUACGUGCUGGAAGUCAACGGGGCGACGGUGAUGCUGCGAGAGACGGCGGUGGCCCUGCUGGGGUCCUGCCACGGGCAGUCCCUGCGGCUGGGGCUGCUGCGGCCGCAGUGCGGGGCCGCCACGAGAGACCCCAUCCUCGGCGCUGAUGCUGUGCACCAGGAGAGGAGGCAGAAAGCGCAGGAAUUCAGCAAAAAGGUGGAUGACAUCCUCGGAGACCAGCCAGAGGUCAAGGAGAAGGUGUUCACCGUCCUGAAGCAGUACGCGGCAGAGCGGAAGGUGGAAUACCUGGCCUACGCCCUCUGCAUGGUCCUCACCCAGGAGUCCCACCAGCACCUAAUCGACAACAUCAGAAUUUUCAUCCCCAAGAAGCACCGGCAGCGGUUUGACGAGGUGGUGUCACAGAGCCUGAUCAGCAAGCUCUGCCGCUCCAAGAGUGAGCACCACAGCAACCGCCUGCGGCGCAGCAGAAGUGAGGACCACCAGGAGCGGCUCCUCGUGUCCACCCGCGCCAGCUCCGUGCCCCGCAGCUAUGAGGAGGUUGGCAAAAGCCUUCGGAAAACCACUUCGCUCUUCACCAGCAAUGUGGCCUCGGGGGCUGCCCGCAGAACUGUGCGAGUCUAUAAAGGCAAUAGAAGCUUUGGCUUCACCCUACGUGGCCAUGCCCCGGUGUGGAUCGAGUCUGUUCUGCCAGGGAGCCCGGCUGAGAAGGCUGCACUCAAACCUGGAGACCGAAUCCUGUUCCUCAAUGGUCUGGACAUGAGGAACUGCUCCCACGACAAGGUGGUGUCGAUGCUGCAGGGCAGCGGGGCGAUGCCCACCUUGGUGGUGGAAGAGGGCAUCGUCAACUUCUCCAACGACUCUGACUCUGCUGACUCCCCGAGCACCUCCUCCGCCCUCACCUCCCUGCAGUGGGUUGCAGAGAUCCUCCCCUCUAGCAUCAAGAUCCAAGGAAGGACCUUCAACCAGCAGCUGGAGCACCUGCUGACUCCACCUGAGCGCUAUACCAUCUGCAAAGCGCUGGAAGGCUUCUUCCAACAUCGGAACAUUGACACUCUCAUUGUGGAUGUGUACCCGGUGCUGGACACACCAGCCAAGCAAGUCAUUUGGCAGUUUAUCUACCAGCUGCUGACGUACGAAGAGCAGGAGCACUGCCAGCAAAAGAUUGCCAGGUUUCUCGGUUACAAGUCCUUGGCAGGUGAGAGGAAAAGUCCCUAUGGUCCAGCAUGGACACCUGAGCCAGAAGCAGAGGAUCACUACCGCAGCUCCGUUCGAGGGGCCUCCUUGUGCCGGGGAAGCCUUCGAACCCCCCGUCCCGAGGAAGGGGGGGCAUCAGGCCAGAGCGAUACGGUGGAGGUCCCGGUUCGCCUGAUCCCUGGGGAGAGACAGGCUGGCGAUGGCACAUCCCUCCCGGAGACACCCAAUCCCAAAAUGAUGUCAGCUGUCUAUGCAGAACUGGAAAACCGCCUGAUCGGGAGCUUUGCUGGCAAGAUGGGUAACGCUGCCCUGCACAGAGCAUCACCUCCUGCCCCAGAGCUGGCACACGCUACAGGUGCUCGCAAGCCAGGGACGGCGAUCUCGUGGCCGAGCGACCCUCAGCAGUGCUACUACCGCCUGCACAGCAGCGUGGCCUCGCCGAGCAGCACUGAGUCCAACCCCUACGUCAGCCUUGACAGCAGCCCAGCCCCGUCCCCCAAGCACCGCAGCUACCCGCUGAGCCCUCUGUCGCGAAGGAAGAAGCUCUUCACCUUCUCCAGGCCCCCGCGCAGCCGUGAUACCGACCGAUUCCUGGAUGCCCUCAGUGAGCAGCUGGGACACCGAGUCACCAUCGUGGAUGAUUUCCUCACCCCUGAGAAUGACUACGAGGAGAUGAGUUUCCACGAUGACCAGGGCAGCUACGUCACCAACGAUGUCAGCAGCAGCGAGUACAUCAGCAGCAGCGAUGACGGCAGCUCCUUGACCUACUCCACGCUCUCGGACCACAUCCCCCCGCCACCGCUCAGCCCCCCACCGCCACCACCCCCCCUGCAGUUCCACGACCCCCAGACCGUCCCCACCAAGGCAGAGACCACAAAAGCCAGCAUAUCGCCGGCCCCCAAAUCCCUGGUCAGCCACUUGCACCCCAUCCCGCCCCCGCCACCCCCGCCGCCGCCCCCGCCCGUACCCUGUGCACCCCCCCUGCACCGGGGGCUGCUGCACCGCAGGAGCGAGUCCAACCACAUGAGUGUCAAGCGGCUGCGGUGGGAGCAGGUGGAGAACUCAGAAGGGACCAUCUGGGGGCAGCUCGGGGAAGACUCUGAUUACGACAAGCUGAGUGACAUGGUCAAAUACCUCGACCUGGAGCUGCACUUUGGGACACAGAAGCCUACAAAGCCAACUCUCAUGCCAGAAAACUUUAAAAAGAAAGACGUGGUUGAAAUUUUGUCCCACAAAAAGGCCUACAACACAUCCAUCCUGAUAGCCCACCUCAAGCUCUCGCACAUUGAACUGCGCCAGAUCCUCAUGACGAUGGAGACGGACCGCCUGGAGCCUUCCCACAUCAAGCAGCUCUUGCUCUAUGCCCCAGAUGAGAAGGAAGUCCAGCGCUUCCAGAGCUACAAGGAGAACCCCGGCAAGCUGAGCGAACCCGACCAGUUUGUAUUGCAGAUGCUGUCGGUACCAGAAUACAAGAUCCGCCUGCGCAGUUUGCAUUUUAAGACCACUCUGCAGGAGAAGACAGAGGAGAUCAAAGCCAGCUACGAGUGCAUCUGCAAAGCCUCUCUAGAGCUGAAAAGCAGCAAGAAGCUGGCUAAGAUCUUGGAGUUUGUGCUGGCGAUGGGGAACUAUCUGAACAAUGGGCAGCCCAAGACUGGCAAAACAACAGGCUUUAAAAUCAACUUUCUUACCGAGCUGAACACAACAAAGACAGUGGAUGGGAAGUCCACCUUCCUGCACAUCCUUGCCAAAUCACUUAGCCAACAUUUCCCAGAGCUCCUGGGCUUCGCCAAGGAUCUUCCUACAGUGCCCCUCGCUGCCAAAGUGAAUCAGAGAACACUAACGGCUGACCUAAAGGACCUGCACACCACCGUCAGUGACAUACAGAUGGCGUGUCACAACAUGCCAGCUACCGCUGAGGACAGGUUUGCAAUUGUGAUGACCUCCUUCCUGGAGAGUGCCCAGCCUGCCAUGCGGUCCCUGGAUGACCUGCAGCACAAAGCCAUGGAAGAAUUCAGCAAGGUGUUGUCCUUCUUUGGGGAAGACUCAAAAAUGACAACUUCCGAAGCCUUCUUCGGCAUUUUUGCAGAGUUCAUGAGCAAGUUUGAGCGGGCCCUCGGUGAUGUGCAGGUUGGCGAGAGCCAGCGCAGCCCCAGGAUGACCUCUCCCCUUGCCUGGUGACGGGUCUGCAGCAACGUGAGGUGCAACAAUUUCUUGCCAACGAAGUGCAAUUGGCUCCCGUUGAGUUUGGUUGUAAAUACACUGCUGUCACCUGCUACCACCAAGCAGAACCACAGACCGAGGGGUCGGGGCAGUUUGGACACUGAAAAGGCACCGUAGGUGAUGGUGGAUGGAUGCGAGGGUGAGGCACAGGGACAAGGACGGAAACACCAUGCUGGGCUUGACAACAGCUUGCUUAGCAUCCUCUAUUUCCAGGGUAUUACAGAGUAAAGGGUUUGAGACACAUCUGGGCAAAACCUCACUCUCCCACAUUUCCAGAACACGCACAACUGGCCGCAGCAGUCGCUGGAGACCUUUCCCACAGCCAGUGCCUGGGCAUGGGAAGAGCUCUCCCCAGGCAGGCACCGCUUGCCCUGCCAGCCUCGGGGCCGGGGCUGGAGCUCAGCCACAGCCGCCCUGGGAAGCCAGAGCAGGGCGGGGAGGAAAGGAGUGUGGGAGAAUGAGGGCUGCCACCAGUACCAGCUCCCCAGGAGCUCCUCUCAAAUCCCUCUCUGAGCCCUUCUGCCCUUGCGCAGUGACUGUGGGACUGGAAGUCCACCUGAACAGGCCGGAACGGUGGAGUAAAGACCACUGGAGAUGGCCUGCAGGCUUUCAUUGCCCUGCCAUUCCUGGCCGGUGGCAACAGAAAGCAAUGUGACAUCGCAGACCCCUUCUGGCACUUCUGUGUGUUCCCAAAUACAGAUCCAGGUUGGUUCUACCCAGCUGUGCUGGAGAGUAAGGAAAACCGAAAGUCCUUCCUGCCCGCCAGCUUUGCUUAAAGGUGUGGCAGAGACUGAAAGAUGUUGAAAUCUUCCCAAGAGUUUAAGAUCAUCAGCACUAGAUAUAUUUGAACUUGCCAGGAGACAGAAAUCCCUGAGCAUUUUGGUGCCUCCUUGGAAAGUACAGAACACCUGGUAGCCUCCAAACUGCUGUUGAAGCAGUCAUUCCUGCUGAAUAUCCCCAGGGAACUCCAGAAGCACACCCACCCAUCCUUCGAUGGCUUCAUCCCUCCCAGAGGAAAGGGCUAGCAGCAUCGCGAGGUCAGUGCACGCGCCUCCGGGCGACGCAGGGCCCCGAGAGCUUCGCGGCUGCAAACCUACAGUGCGUUACUUUUGCGAGGCAAUCCUCCCCCAUGCAAAAUGCAUCAUUUGCCUUUCAAACCCGAGGCGCUCCAACACCCUGCCCCGUGGCAGCGCCGCAGCAAGCCGUAGCGUAGGUAACCUUCUCCCGUCUGUUGCCAGAGCGAGAGCUCUUCCUGCAGUCUCCGCUCAUGUACAGACUCACUGACUGGUGCAUUAUUUAUGGGAGACCUCAUGACCAUCAGACCAUCAGUUUGCAGUAUUUUUUUUAAACCCUGCUGUAGAAAGUGAAGUAUAUUUUCACAAGCGUUCUCAGUUUAUACAGCUUUAAGUGCCAGGUAGUUCCUAGCAUCGUGUUCCCAGAGGUGUGGCCCCAUCCGCCUCUCCUCUGCCCCGACACAGGGCAAUGCUCACCCAGCUCCUCUUUCCGUUUUGGAUGCUGCACACUGCAUUCAGCUGAUUAUUUUGUUUUCUAAUAACCUAUUCAAUAUUUAAACCACUGGAGGUUCUUUUGAAACUGUCAUCACAAAUGUGAAGAUGCUGUACAUAGAUUUUGCUACAUGUUGUACCUUUCCAAACUAGUUAGAGCUCCGACCUCUUUGGUAUUUUUAUGUGAAUAUUUUCAAAGAACCAGAACUUCUGAUGUGUGGUUAUUUCAUAAUGGGACUAUGGAUACUCGCAGUUCAGUCUCUACCUGAUGCCCAUGUGCUGUUCCUGAAAUAAAGCUACUGCCUUCUGCCU